CGCAGAUUCUCUCCUUCAUUCUCAAUCCGAACCAACCAGUGGUUGCAAAAGGAACAUGAACACACUCCUCCUUCCACCGCCAUUUUCAACUCGCUUUCCUUCUUCUUCUUCUCUUCGAUUCUCAGCUGUAACAACAACAACAACAACAACAAUUCUUCAUCACAACAAUAUCUUCCAAACCCGUCUUCUCGUUUCAUCGUUUACUUCCCUCACCAACACCACACACCUAAACUUGAACGAAUACGACGACGAUGGCGACCCACAAAACGAUAUCGCUUCCCUUCCUAACCGCCGCUACGACUUCGCUCCUCUCCUUCAAUUCCUCACAACCACCACCCCUGUCCUUGAAGAACCCAACUCGCCCACGACACUAGACCCCACUGAACUCCGCCUUGCCGAGACCUAUCGAGUGGUUUCAGCUCCCCUCUGGCACUCACUUCUCAAAUCUCUAUCUUCCACCUCUUCCUCCAUUUCAACGGCUUACAAUCUUGUUAUCUGGUUACAGAAGCAUAACUUGUGUUUCUCAUACGAAUUGCUCUAUUCGAUUCUCAUUCACGCUCUGGGACGUUCCGAGAUGCUUUACGAAGCGUUUUUACUCUCGCAGCGGCAAAAGUUGACGCCUUUAACGUAUAAUGCCCUAAUUGGAGCUUGCGCACGAAACAACGACCUUGAAAAAGCUCUGAAUCUUAUGUCUCGGAUGCGAAGUGAAGGUUAUCAAUCGGAUUUUGUUAAUUACAGCUUGAUUAUUCAGUCCCUUACUCGUAGUAAUAAGAUUGAUUCGGCAAUGUUACAGAAGCUUCAUGAGGAGAUUGAGGAGGAUAAGAUAGAGCUUGAUGGUCAGUUGUUGAAUGAUAUAACAGUUGGGUUUGCUAAAGCUGGUGAUGUUACUCGAGCUAUGUAUUUCCUCGCUAUGAUACAGGGAAACGGUUUGAGCGCAAAAACUACCACUGUUGUCGCCAUCAUAUCGUCUUUGGGAAAUUCGGGCAGGACAGAGGAGGCAGAGGCCAUCUUUGAGGAGCUAAAGGAAGGUGGGCUUCAGCCAAGAACUAGGGCUUAUAAUGCACUUCUUAAAGGGUAUGUGAAGACGGGUUCGCUAAGAGAUGCAGAGUAUAUCGUGUCGGAGAUGGAAGGAAACGGUGUGUCUCCUGAUGAGCAGACGUACAGUCUUCUAAUUGAUGCUUAUGGAAAUGCAGGUAGAUGGGAGAGUGCCAGAAUUGUGCUUAAGGAAAUGGAAGCUAACAAGGUGCUUCCUAAUUCGUAUGUGUUUAGUCGGAUACUAGCUGGUUAUCGCGAUAGAGGGGAAUGGCAGAAAUCAUUUCAAGUAUUGAAAGAAAUGAAGAGUUGUGGUGUUCAGCCUGAUAGGCAUUUUUAUAACGUAAUGAUUGAUGCUUUUGGAAAGUACAAUUGUCUUGAUCAAGCUAUUGCAACUUUUGAUCGGAUGGUAUCAGAAGGUAUAAAGCCCGAUACUGUUACUUGGAACAGUCUCAUAGACUGUCAUCGUAAGUUCGGGCACCAUAGCAAAGCAGAGGAACUGUUCGAGAAGAUGCAAGAGAGCGGAUGCUCCCCUUGCACGACGACAUAUAACAUAAUGAUCAACUCUUGUGGGGAGCAGGAGAGAUGGGAAGAUGUAAAGAAGCUGAUGGGAAAGAUGCAGGCUCAGGGUUUACUUCCCAAUGCUGUUACAUAUACUACGAUAGUCGACAUUUAUGGAAAGUCUGGGAGAUUUAACGAUGCAAUUGAAUGCCUGGAAGACAUGAAGUCCAAAGGGUUAAAACCUUCCUCCACAAUGUAUAAUGCUUUGAUUAAUGCGUAUGCACAAAGGGGUUUGUCCGAGCUAGCAGUAAAUGCAUUCAGGGUUAUGAGAGCUGAUGGUCUUACACCUAGCACAUUAGCUCUCAAUUCAUUAAUAAAUGCAUUUGGCGAAGAUAGAAGGGAUACUGAAGCAUUUGCUGUAUUGGAGUUCAUGGAAGAAAAUAACUUAAAACCAGAUGUAGUUACUUAUACUACCCUCAUGAAAGCUUUGAUUCGGGUGGAGAAGUUUGAUAAGGUUCCUGCUGUAUUCGAAGAGAUGAUUUCAUCGGGUUGCACCCCAGACAGGAAAGCUAGGGCUAUGUUAAGGUCGGCUCUUAGAUACAUGAAGCAAGCAUUGAAAUAAUACUUUGACAAGAGAAAUUCUUGCGGUUGCAGCAUAUAAUUGAUAAACUUAUCCUCUGCUGAUGGCUGUUAUUAUCCCACUGGAGGAUAGGGUUGAGCAUCCAUUGCCAUGAGGUUUCUGGGAAAUGUGGAGAAGAAAGGCGAUCGUUGAAUUAUCUGCUUCCCACAAAAAUUCAUCGUGUGUAUUAAUAGAAAAUUCCAAUGUAUAAUUCUUUGCCGAAAAAAAGAAAGCAAAAAGGGAACAUUUUAUGUAUGCAAUAUAAUACUGGUUAUUGCAAUAAAAGUAUUCACUUCUUGUGUAGCUGGAAA